AUGCCUCAACCGAGCGUCUUCGACGAGCUACAAGCGAUCUCAGGCAACGAUGGCGAGCGGAUCAACCAAGUGCAAGGACGGGAGACAGCUGCUGAGUACGCGAGGAGGAUCAAGAAUCUCGUGCAGGAGCGGGAGGCGUCCGAGCGCGCAGAGGAAGAGCGAGUGCUGUCAAAGUUCGCAGGCUUGCAGCUCGACAAGGCUGAGGACAUGGCAGAGGCGGCCCUGCUGCUGUGCCAAUCGCUGAAGGAUGGCGUGAUUGCUCGAGGAUUGCUCCUUGCCAGGGAAUUUCUGAAGCGGACCUGCUCCUUUGAAGGGGCGUACGAGUUCAAGGAGGAGAGCGCAGAGGAGUGCGAGUCGAGGGAUUUUGCGGACUUGAAGGAGCGGAUGCAGGAGUUUGUGAGAGGAGGAGGAGGAGGAGGAGGAGGAGGAGGAGGAGAGGACGUGCAGUCGCGUGCUUUGGCUGUCAUGUGGAUGGGAGCGAUAUUCUUGAACGUGUUUGUUGCAAGCAACUGGACUGGCCCUCCCAUGAAGAUUCAUUUCUCUCCCCUUCCCUGCCAUGCCGAGGUAGAGAGCUCGAGCGAGACGGCGGCGAAGUUGAACGCGGCGAGCCAGCAUGCGCUGGAGCAAGACAGUGAAAUGUUCUACGAUGGAGCGGAGAAGCCCAUCUACCUUCGAGCCGCGAUCACCCUGUUGUUCGACGUGAUGUCAGAGUCGAGAGUCCGUCCCUUGUCCCUGCCAUGGUGGUCGGCGAGAGCGGUUGGGAUUCAGCAGCGUCUCCUCCAUGGAAGGAGCUCUACUCUGCAUGAGAGGUUAUUCGAACUGUGGAAGGAUGCCGAAGAUGCGCUGGGGAGCUGUCCAGGUGUCAUUAUGAAGAUAGAUGUGAUAAUGAUGGUGAUGGUGAUGGUGAUGGUGAUGGUGAUUGUGAUUGUGAUUGUGAUGGUGGUGGUGAUGAUGAUGGUGGUGGUGGUGGUGGUGGUGGUGGUGGUGGUGGUGGUGGUGGUGGUGGUGGUGGUGGUGGUGGUUAUGAUGAUGGUGCUGAUGAUGGUGGUGGUGAUGGUGAUGGUGAUGGUGAUGGUGGUGGUGGUGGUGGUGGUGAUGGUGGUGAUGGUGGUGGUGGUGGUGGUGGUGAUCUGGGAGAACUACCGUACAGCAGCCAUUCGUCUCAAGAGGUGGCAGCUUGUCCUCAACGCUACUGUAGAGUUGUUGUCACUCAAGGAAAAAGAAGUUGACAUCGAGAUCCUCGAGGUGCUUGUUAGAUGUGCCAUCGGCAAGAAACAAGAGGAGGAGGAGAAGAAUACAAGCUUCGUGAUGGGGAUCUACGCCGAGUGGCUCAAGGAAGAAGGAAAUCUUGCGCAUGAGCUCGACUGCCACAGCAAGGCUCUCAGGGCGAGUCAGUCAGCUGGAUGGCAGUCAGAUGCCAACAAGUUCGAGCAAGUCGUGGACGUGCUGUCGCGCCUGACAGACGCUUACCUGAGGGAAGGAAGCUCGCAGAAACUCUUCUCAGCUCGUUCAGCUCUCAGCUCCGCCCUCGUUAAGUCCAAGGAUGCGUUCGAGGGGCACGAGGGCUACCAGACCCUCCAGAGUCUGCUGGAGCGAGUGAAGUCGUCCUCCCCGUCAUCUCAGUGA